AGGCCCGGGAUUCGGGAGUCGCUUGCCGUACGCCGUACGAUUUGGUAAUGUGCGUUGUUUUUUUCUCGUCGUCUCCAGUAUCGUCGUUGAUGUAUAGUAUAUUUACAUAUAUAUUUAUAACUAAAUAGUGAAUACAUUUAUAUAUAGUUCCAUUUUCCUUGUCGCACGCCCGCGCACUCAACUUUUUUACUCCACUCCAUCCGACGACGUCUGACACCCUUAUCACAAACGUUUGACCUUCGGUAUUAUUGCGUGUGCGUUUGAUAACAAAACAAUUUUUUUUAAGUAUAAGUUUUUAAUUGUCUUAUUUCAAUAAUUUACGUGAAAUUUCACCCACUGUUAUCGUUUAUGAUAUUGUUAUUGAAACGUGUACUAGUGUUUUAUAGUGUUCGGAAAAUAGAAAAAACGUAUGAACAACGGUCAGCAAGAAAAGCCGAUAACUGAGUAGUUUUUGAUCCAAUUGGCUACGCAAUUUGCCAUACGGCUAACUCAUCUAUAAAAGCUACAUAAGAAAAUUUACAACAUCAAAACCCGGCAUUGCCUUGUUCGAUUUGGGCCAUUCGGAAUAAUAAUUGAGUUACAUUUGUAAGUCAAUGCAAAAUUUAAAAAUGCUGAGUGGCCGCGGCCAAGAUCUGUGAACGCCGUGUGUGAACAAAGAGGAUAACAACGUCAGGUCACGGACCCCCUUUGGCGUGGGCAGGCCCCGGCAUUCUCGCGGAUAAUGUUUAUGGGGCGGCGCGUUGGGCACCGCCGCGUUCCAUGGACGAAGGAGCCGGCGGCGGCAGUAGCGGGAACAGUACCAACCGAAGAAUAUUACCGCCACUGUAUCAUCAUCAAAUCCAGCAACAGCAACAACAACAACAGCAAGCUGCAGCAACAGCGGCAGCAGCAGCGGCUGCAGCUCAACAGUACCUUACCGUAGCUGCAGCAGCCGCUGCAGCAAACGCUGCGGUUUUACAGCAGCAUUCAUCGUCAUCAUACAACGGUGAGGUGCAAGACAGAUCAGAUUCUGGUCUAAGCUCAUCUAGAACUCUCAACUCGAGUGAUGAACGGUCUGGAUCUCACUCGAGUGCGUUCAGCGGGUCCGAUGACCACGGGGCUGCAACAUCGCCUUUAAACGAACAGCAAUCGUUUAACAACGUACGUAUUUGGAGAGAUCCCAGUCUCUUACAGCAUCCAGUUGAUGGACCUAUAAGGCAUGUCGAUAGCGUUCAACAUCAGAGUUUGUUUAUGUCUUCAAGCGCUCAAAUGUCUCAAGCACCGUUGCCCUUUCAGUCUUUUCAUCCACCCUCGUCUACGGUGCAACCAAUGAAUGUCGGUGGAAUGAUGUGGAAGCCUCCUCCAGUAUCAGUUUCAAAUUCUAACGGAAGUGGUGGUCAACAACAAUCCGUCAAUUACUAUCAGCAACAUGCUAACGACCAACAGUUUAGAUUAAAUAACAGCAGGAGUAAUGUCUCUGAUAAAGAUGCUGCCAAGUACAAGGAAGCUAAAAAAUCCAGGUCUAACUCGCAAGUUUCUCUAACAAGUAGUUCUAGAACUACCCCGACGUCCAUCGGCCAUCAGCUUGUUGCUGUGGAUUCCAAAGAGUCUCGUGAGUAUAGACGUAUGGAAAUCGAUCGCCUCAUGAAUCGCCAAAGGCAUUCGGAACAACAGAUGAGAGAACACUCAGAAAAGAAGAAAGCCGAAGCUGCUGUUCACCAGCAUUUUGAAGAAAGUUUAAAGUUGGCACAGCAACAAAGGCGCUCAAACUGGAUUUCUAACCUACCCACUCCGCCUAAAAAUAUAUUUCCUUUGCAAGGGUCGAAAACUUCUCAGGAAAUAAAUACCAAAGGUCCUCCAGUAUUAACCCCUAUCAGAAGAUCGCCUGAAGACUGGAAGGACAAAGGAGUUAACUCUGCCGGCAAACACACUACUGCAACUACCGUUCUACCCAGAUUAACCCCCAUUACAACAAUGCCACCAUCUAGAUCUUCGGCUCAAAUACCUCAUAGAGUUCAGCAACAGCAAACGUCUAAAAAAUUAUACGACGGUGAAAAAAAUAACGUGACAAUGAAUGUUCACGACGGUCUCAACCACAACAUGAUCUCUUAUGCUCAUUUUAUGCAGCAAUCUAGCAACAAUAACUCAGCGACAGCUGCUUAUCCACCAUCACCAUCUCCAUCGUCAGUAAUUGUAAGAAAUGAUAGUACAUCGCAUAAAAACGGUGGUAUCGUUAAAACCGAAAGUGUUAGUUACUACAGCUCAGUAUCGCCUGGCAUCAAUAUGACCAGCCCUCAUGAAAUACCACCACAAUUAGAAAUUAAUAGAGGUAGUACUCGGGCUUUAGAAUCACCCGACAUCGCGAAGUCGUCUUCAAGGGUUCCUACGUCUGCUUCCCGUUAUCUUCCUCCGCCGGAAUCGCUACUUUAUCCAGCAAAUGUUACUAGUCAACAACUUAGUAGCAGUAAUUCUAGCUCCGGCUCUAAUUCAUCAACGUUUUAUCCAUCAUCGUAUCCUGGUCAAACAUUUGGUCGUUCUCAAAAUGUUAUUGGUGGCCACUAUUAUCCUUCUGUCUCGCCAUCUUAUUACCAUCCUCCAUCAAAUUAUCGUCAGACCAGACAUGCAGAUACUGCUUCAUUUUACCCUGCUUCCACAAUACGCCAUGUUAAGACUUCAGGUCAAUUAUCACCGUACCCACCAACCGCUUCUUCACCUUUAUUACAACAUUUUAACCGAAGUAGUUCUAACAAUACUCCUCCUCCGGCACAUACCAGUAUAGUCAAUACCCGUAGUUAUACACCGGAUGCACAAGAACCUAUACCUUUAGCAUUAACUAGUAAUGGCCAUAAUAAAAACAACGACGAAAUUCAAUAUGAACCCUUGGAUCUUGUUGUAGUCUCUGACCGUGUUUCUAGACCAUCGUCUGCACUAAUUAUUGACACAAUAGCUCCAAAUGUAAACAGUAUAGAAGUUCAUCCGGAUGCGCAUACAGAUGCUGCUAAAGUACUUUUAGGUAUGCACACUGCCAUUGAUAUACGUCAGAACGUACAUGGACGUUCUGACUCUGACAGUUUACCUUUAAAAAUUCGCGUUGAAGACCAGAAUGGUACGAAAAAAUUAAACGAUGCCAAUUGCAAUGGUCAAAUACUAAGUAAUGAAUAUACUAUCUCUAGUCCUAUGUCUUUAACGACAUCUAUCUAUGAUUUCAGUAAUAAAACUGAACUUAUCAAACUAGAACGAAAAGAAGAUGAAGUGAUUAUUGACAUUGGAAACGAAAAUAGUGUACAAAAAGAGCAAAUCCAAAAUGAUUGUGAUGAGGAUGACGAAGACGAACCCUCUCCACCUGCUCUAGUAAAAGAGGAGGCAUCACCGCUCUCAAAUCGAGACACAAAUGGUGAAUCGAAAGAGGAUGAAGAUGAAUCUACGGGUUCGCCACCUGUUCUAAUGCCAGCACCACCGUAUACAACUACGGAGUCAUCUUGCGGUAGUGGUGGAAGUAUCAGUGUAAAAACGCCGCAUCAUCAUAAACUUAAGAAGGCUUGGUUGCAACGUCAUACACGAACUGAAGAUUUAAAGGAAGCGACUGCUUCAUUAUCAUUGGAAAUCAGCAAAACUAUAGCAAAAACAUCGUCAGUUGAUAUUUCAGAUGAUGUUCCACCAGUGCUAUCGUGUGAAACUGCUACACUUCAGCAACAACAAAAUUUUAAUAAAAAAAGAAGUGCUGGUGGUGGUAGUGGUAGUACGGCACUUGAAAUGUCUUCAUGUGAUUCAGAUGCUGACAUGGCGGCUGGACCUAAAAAGAGAAAAGUUUCAAAUGCCACCACAUUUUCAGGCAAUAAAAGUGCAUCUGACAGCGAUGAAACGAUUUUUGAUGGAAAAGACGACGAUGCCGAUGACAAUGGAAGUUCGGGCAAAGUAGAUGAAAUUACGACGCGACAGUCAACAAUAAUUACGAACCAUGAAAGAAAACAACGUAAUUCUGUCAGUACCAGUAGCACUAAAAUGCCUAAAAAGAGGGGCAGAAAACCUAAGUUGCCAGUAUCUUUACCAGCUAAAAAAGUUUGUAAAAGUGAUGAUAUUGCUAUCGGUAGCGAAGAAGAUGGUGACAACUUUUUCCAAUCUGGACCGUGUUUAAAUGCGGGUCCUAAAAUACACAAAUGCAGAGAGUGUCGAUUAUUUUUGAGCAGAAAGAAAAAAGAUACUUGUCAAGACGAUAUCGAUAAUAUAUUCUGCAGGUUUUAUGCAUUCCGAUUGCUUUAUACCAAUAAAAAUGGUCAAUUGACCAACGCGGGAUUUCCAGACCCAUUUAAAGAUGUUACUGAGGAAGACCUCGAAUUAUGGACACCUAAUUCACAGAAUCCACCCGAUGGAUUGGAUGUAACUGUGGCUAAAAAAGUUUUGGAGGAAGCCGGACGUCAGUUCUGUUAUCUUGUCAAAGAAGAAAAUGAAGCACUCACAUUAACUCCAUUUGCUCAAGAUAAACCCAUUGCAUGGAAAAAAGCUGCUAAUGGAGUUAGAGAAAUGUGUGAUGUUUGCCUAACCACCAUAUUCAACUACCAUUGGGCGUGUGCUAAAUGUGGUUUUGGAGUGUGUAUCGAUUGUGUUAAGAGUCGUCUCAAUGGCUCUGCGCUUUCAGCAGACGCUGCGUCAAUGACCAAAAAAGAUCUCAGAGAAAAGGACACUUUCAUGUGGAUCACAUGCACUAAUCGACAAAAUCAUGACAUCGAUCGGCUAAUGCUGACUCAGAUAGUAGCUGGAGAUUCACUUAAUUUAGUUAACUCGAAAAUGCACGAAAUAUGUACUAUAAAUAAUAUUAGAUUAGAUUGUGGAUGCCCGUCACACGGACCUCCUUCAUGUAACUCAGUUGAACAACAGAAUGGUUUAUCUAAAGAAGACAAUGCUACUAAAUCGUGUAAUGAACCGUCUACAGAUUCAAAGACCGAUUCGACUAAUGAAAAUGCGUUAACUGAGGACAAAGUUAAAAAAGAUAAUAAUACGACGUCGGUGACUACUAUCAUUGAAAAAAAAAUUGAUGAAAGGAAAGUCGACGAUAAAAAAGUCGUUGAAGAACCUAUUACAGCUGAAUCUAAAGAGAAGAAAGUCGUUACCUUGAAACAUUAUGUAAAGAAGAAGAACAAGUAUCCAGAUAAUGCAACCCGGAGGACAUCACCAGUUCGCGUAAUGACUGUAAUCGAAAGCCGACAACUAUAUCCAGAUAUACCGCACUCAUGGCUGUGCGACGGUAAAUUGUUAAGACUGCUCGACCCCGAAAAUCCUUUUAACUACGUUAUAUUCCAAGAACAGUGGAAGCGAGGACAACCAGUGAUGAUAAGCGACGUCGGUAAAAGCUUAAAUCCACAGAUUUGGCACCCAAAAUCAUUUUCCAAAGACUUUGGCCAAUAUAAAAACGAUCUCGUAGACUGCUCGACCGGCCGAAUUGUAUCUAACAAGAUGAUGAAACAAUUUUGGGACGGAUUUGAGAAUGAGAAUGACAGACUUACAGACUCAUCCGGCAAUAAAAUGCUAUUGAAACUUAAAGAUUGGCCUGUAACGGCAGACUUUGCCGAGACGUUACCUGACAGAUUUGAUGAUUUAAUGCGAGCUCUACCACUAAAAGAUUACACCCAUCGGGAUGGCAAGCUCAACCUCGCUUCCAGGUUACCCGACUGUUUUGUGCGGCCAGAUCUCGGUCCAAAAAUGUACUCGGCCUAUGGUAACGCAUGUAACCCUGACCCUGGUAAACGAAUGUUAAGCACAACCAACCUUCAUUUAGACGUGUCAGACGCCGUAAAUGUUAUGGUGUUUGUGGGUGUGACACGUGACGGCAACAAAAAAGGUGAUGAUGCCGAGAGAGAUCACGAUUGGCAUGUCAAAGAAGCAUAUCGUGCCAUUGACGAGGCUGGUUGUGAUAUUGCAAGUAGACGACGGGCCCGCGAAGCGAAAGAAAUUCCAGGAGCUGUUUGGCACAUUUACCACGCCGACGAUGCGGAUGCCAUACGUGACUUGUUGAACAAAGUGAGUGCUGAAGAAGGUAAACCGGCCGAACCUAACCACGACCCUAUACAUGAUCAAUCAUCAUAUUUGGACGCUGAUCUUCGAGCGAGACUUUACAACGAGUACGGAAUCGAAGGAUACGCAAUCGUACAGUGUCUUGGUGAUGCCGUGUUUGUCCCAGCCGGAGCACCACAUCAGGUAAGAAACUUGCACAACUGUAUUAAAAUCGCAGAAGAUUUCGUUUCACCAGAGAAUGUCUCGCAAUGUUUUCGACUUAUGAACGAGUUUCGGGAACUAUCAAAAAGUCAUGACAACCAUGAAGACAAACUGCAGAUCAAGAACAUAAUGUACCAUGCAAUUAAAGACUCGCUUUCAGUCAUGUUACACGAUCGAUUGCAGUCGGAGCAGAGCUAGUAUUUUAUAAAUUAUGUACUUGAUUAAAUAUGUUAACUACUACCUAUAGAUUGAAUUUACCUGAAGACUAUGAUAUUGACGUGAUUUUGACUUUAUUAUUUUUAUUAUUGUUGUUUGUGUAAAUAUAAAAUCGGGUCCAUUGCUCUACCCUAUUGUAGUUUAUUUGUAUACGAUUUUAACUAUUAUAAUUUUUUUUUUAAUACAUCUAUGUAUAAUAAUAAUAAUGAACUCAAUGUUUUGUUGUUAUAUAAUAUAUUACUUUUUUUUUUUUAAUAUUAUAAUUUUGAUCAUGUAUUAAAUAUUUUUAUUAUUAUUAUUAUUAUUGUUACUUUACGGUGCUUUUUUGAGCAUGAGGACAAAAGUUCUUUUUUUCCAUAGAAGGUACAAUAUUAUGUUUUUCAAUUUUAAUUGUGAUAACAUGUGUAACAUAAUGUUAUGUAUACACUUAUAAUUAAAUACUUUAACUUACAUCUAUAAAUUCGCAUAUUUAUAAAUAUAAUGUUAAAAUGAAAUGUUGAAAUAAUUUAUCUGUUGAUCAGUUUUGUGAUUUUGGGACAGUUAAAAAAAAUAGUUCAAAAUAUAAUGAAUGUCAUAAUUUCAACAAAUUAUUUGUAUACAUAAAUUGUUCUUUUUUUAAAUAUUCUAUUUUAAAUGACCUGCAAAUAUUUGAUCUAUUACAAAUUACAAGGCUAUAUUGAAUAACUUUCUACAAAAUUAGCAUCAUUGAUUUAAUUUAGAAGGUCUGGAAGUAUAGAUAUUAAUACUAUAUGAUUUUAUAAUUUUUUCUCGGGUGUUACCUCAUUUAAAUCUUUUAAAGAUAAAAAAAAAAUACAGGUAGUUAUAAUCAAAAAAUAAAAAAAAUAUUGACCUUAAUGUAACGAAUUUACUUGAAUUACAAUGUAGUGCUACAUAACAUAAUAUAUUAUUUAUAUUAAAAUAUUACACAUGUUUAUGUUAAUAAUUUAUUCAGGAAGUUAUCCAAUAUUUAAAAAAAUAAAAUCUUAAAAUAACAAAAAAUUAGUUAUGAUCUAUCAUGUAUUAAUAAUUUAUUAAAAUAACUUGCCAUGAAUAAGAAUUAAGGUCUACUUGAAUAAAUAAAAAUUCUACUCUCUUAUUCAUUUUCUUCUAUGAUACAUUUAUUAUAAAAUAGGUAGACUUAUCACAGAAUUAUUUAUUUUUUUCUGUAAUAGAUUUAAUGAAUUAUACUAGGUAAAUUACAAAAAAAUAUUUUGGUUUUGCCUGAUUUUGUUUUAACUAAUUUUUAAAUUAUUCUACAGAAAUUUUUAAAAUUGCAUUAAAUAUUGAAUUCAUAUUUUUACAAAUUAAUUCAUUCCUCCCAUUUUUAAUAUUAAUAACUAUUGUAAUUAAUAUAUAUAUAUAAAAAUGUAAGAUUUUAUCAUUCGUCUAUAUGUAAUACAAAAUUAAUAUGAUGCAAAGAUCAACCUUUAAACUUGCUACAUUUUGUGAUCAAAGUGUAAUGUACUAACAAAAUUAAGUCUUCACACAUAGAAUUUACUGUUAUAGGUAAUUCAAUAUUGAAUCUUGAGUUACAAAUACUUAAUUAAUACCUAAUUAUAAUAAUAAAAUUAUCACAGAUAUGACAAUAUUCAUUGAUUUUUUUACUGUUUUUGUUCAUUUAAAUUCUGCUAAAUAUUUUUCAAGCAAUUUGUUAAUAAUUCAGUGAAAAAUAAUAAUUAAAAAAUUUCCAUAAAUAAAUAUGAACUAAAGUUUAUAAUCAGCAAUUAUUAAUUUCCUUUCAUAAUACUAUCAAUACCCUAUUGUCUAUAUGUCAAUAAAUAAUCAAUGAGAAGUAAAUGAAAAAUAAUAACUUUUCUUUGUCUAAUAUAAAUAGUUUUUAUAAUAAUAAAAUAACUAUAUAAAAGUAGUAAAAACUACAGAUAUAAUUAACUUAAUAAUUAAUAAGAGUGUUUGGUUUUAUUAAUUAUGUACCUUUUUUUUUUUUUAAUGGUUAAAACACUCAUAAGUAAUAAAUAGUAACAAUGAUAUAGUAUUAAAGGAGCAAAUUAAUUAAACUACAGUCAGCCAAUUCGAUGAAAGUCCAUUGAUCAAAAUUCGUGAUAAGUAAAAUUUAACUGUAAAUAUUUAGUAUGUUAAUGUUUAUUAAUAAUAAUUAUAGGUAACUUUUAAUCUAAAAUUUGGAUCUCUUGUAUUGAAUAAAACUUGUUAAAAUUUGUUUUUGUUAUACUAAAUUAAGUGUUUUAAGUAAAUAAGUAUUGUAUAAUUUUCAUUGUUUAAUGCUAUUCAUUGUAAAAUAAAACUUUUAUUGUUACCAAAUAAAUAUUAUGCUGUAAUUAAUAUUAUUGUAAUGGGUACUAAAAUAAUUGUAGCUAUAAUUAUAAGAUAAUUCGUUAAAUAAAAUUUAUUCUGUUCCUCA